AUCAUGGAUUUUUUGAAGCGUUCAAAGUUCGACAAGUUAAUCGAAAAAGCAACUAGUGAAAUGUUAAUCGAAUCGGAUAUUGAGACCACAAUAACGAUUUGUGAUAUUAUUCGCAGUCAAGAGAUUUCACCGAAAUACGCUGUUCAGUGUGUUAAAAAACGUCUUCAGUGCGACAAUCCCAAUGUCGUUUUACAUACACUUGAUGUCCUCGAGUCAUUGAUGAAAAAUUGUGGCUCACCUGUCCAUGAAGAAGUUUGUAGCUCUGAGUUCAUGCAGGACCUUGUUGGAUUGAUCGAUACCUCUCCAGAUGUCCGCGCAAAGCUCCUCGAGUGUCUCCAAAACUGGGCAUAUGUUUUUCGCGAUCAGUCGGGUUACUCGGCUGUAACAGCUGCCUAUGAAAAUUUGAAAAAUGCCGGAUAUACUUUUCCGGAAUUUUCAGAAAGCGCAGCUAUGUUUAGUGUUGUUUGUGCUCCGAGUUGGAAAGAAGGAAAUGCUUGUCACCGAUGCAAGUCUGCGUUUACCACAUUUAGACGCAAGCAUCAUUGCCGUAAUUGCGGUCAAGUAUUCUGUGGAGAGUGCACCACAUCCCGUGCUAUCUUACCCAAAUAUGGUAUCGAAAAAGAAGUGCGCGUUUGCGACUUGUGUUUCGAGACAAUUAACAGACCGUCAACAGCUUCAAAUAAUUUAGAAGAUAAAAAGAACAUGGAAAAAGAGAAUCAGCUUCGACGCGAAAGGGAACUGAAAGAACGACAACUAGAACAACAGGAAAAUGAAGAUUUGGAAUUAGCUCUAGCUUUAAGUGCCAGUGAAGCUGAGACAAACCAACGAAAUAAUCAAGUAAAACCUGUCUCUAAUGUCAAUAAACCUCCUACAUCAUCGACGUCUGGAGUUGCUCAUCUCCUUCCGGUUCUAGAUACAAGUGAAAUGGAUCCUGAACUUGCACAAUACCUGUCUAAACACUAUCAGAGAACGCAUAAGACUCCUCUUGAUAUGAAUUCACCUGGUGUGCCAUUUCAGGAAUAUUCUCAAGAUCCUUCUGGCCUUUCACAGUCUACUACUCAACCGAGUGCACCUAUAUACGCUUCUAGUACACCAUCUGAGCAUGGUAUGCUUUCACUGACCUCACUUAAAUCGGGUUUAAACAAUGAUUUAAACGCAUCAGAAAAAAGAGCAUCGCUUGUAACAAAUUCAAUUAAUGGGAAUAGUGAUGUAAACCCCAAUAUGCCAGAUGUUCCUGAAUUAACAAAUCCAAAGCAAGAAGAGUUUCUUGAAGCUUUACGCGGUAGUAUAGAAUUCUUCGUGAAUCGCUUACAAAGCAAUAAUCAAAGAGGACGGAAUAUUUCAAGUGAUACAACAGUUCAAGCUUUAUUUCUGACUCUGAAUGAUAUGCAUCCACAAUUAUUGAAGUAUAAACAUUUCAUGGAGGAACGGCGAGCCUAUUUUGAAAAGCUGCAAGAUAAGUUGAAUCAAAUUCGAGAAGCUCGUGAAGCUCUGGAUGCACUGCGUCACGAUCACGCUAUUCGUAAACAGUUGGAAGAGCAAGAAGCAGCUCGUUUGCGUCAGCUACAAAUUAUGCAGAAAUUAGAAGCUAUGCGUCAGCAGAAAAGAGAUUCUCUGGAAUACAAACUGCGUAUGACACUUAAACAAAAUAUGCAAUAUCAACAAGAGUUUGGAGUGUCACAACCACAGUCUAUGCCGUAUAAUGUUGAAACAUUUCCUCAUGUGCCGACUGCCUUGCCUGCAGACAGCUACCCUUCUAAUUAUAACUUACCUUAUACGUCUGGACUUAAUUACUCACAGUUUCAACCUGUGCAAAAUGGUUAUCUACCAAGAGACAACAGAGUAUAUACUACGCAACUACCAGAACCGGUUUCACUUCCGCCAAACCAAAAUGUCACUAGUGGGUCAGCUAAUACAGCUUACCCAACUGCUCACUUCCAUCCGUCUUAUGUUCCCAAUCUGCCCGGGCAAGAUAUUCAGUCACAUCCGACAUUCCAACAGGGAACACAUAAUCCAGUGCCUGCCAAUUCUUUCUCCAUGCAAAAUAUGCAGGCAGCUUUGCCAAUGUAUUCAGGACAAGAGGAUGCUGCUCGCGAGGAAUUAAAGUCUUUUCCCACUAAUCAAACAUAUACCUCCAGCCAAUUUCCGACAGAAACACAGAAUACUUCCAAUUAUGCUCCAGGUGGGACUGUACCAAGUGAUACUCCAAGCAACUUUGUCGAACCAGCCACUACAGAAGCUCAGUUGAUAUCCUUCGACUAAACAGAAGAAUUGGAUUCAUUCAUCUUAUACACCAAUCAAAUCUCGUGAUAUGUAUUUUUUUUUGGAGCAAUUAGUGUUUAUUUCAGUCAUUCGUAUUUCACUCGUUUUACGCUUGUUUUUUUUUUUCUUUGACGCGAAUGGAAGAUACCAUAAAUGUGAUUUUAUUGAUUUGUUUACAUUUUAAUGGUUUACUUGUCUUAUUUCCUUUUUACGGUUCUAUUAUUUUAUACUUUUAAUUUUAUCUAUAUUAUUAUGAUCAUUAUUUAUAUGAUUGUGAAUUUCACUGACAUUUUACAAAGUAUCUUGUUGACACUUGGACAACUUUAACUUUACCCACUUUACUUGGAUAAUUUUAAAUACUAAGCUCUAAUAGGUACAUAAAAAAGCACUGUAGAGGUAAUCACAAUACAGCGUUGAAGGUGUUCAUCUGUAAUUGUCACUUUAUUACAAUUUUUUUCUUUUUAUCUAAUACAAUCAAUAAAUUGCAAAGCAUAGUUGUUAAUUUUUAAAUAAUCCGAGAACAGAACUUUGAAAUUACGAAGCACAAAUGUCAGGCGUGCACGUGUUUCCGCUGCACAGGUUAAUCAUUUCAAGUACAGUUAAAUGCUAGAUGUUAAUCACGCAUUACAUAUUACCAUUGAUUAUGUAGAAGCAGC